CUACUUCCUUUAAUGCAAUACACUGGUCAGAUUUCUACUUUUGCAGACUAUAUGUAACAACAGUACCAUGUAUUGUAUACCUGUAGAUGCAAUUUUCAUAGUAAUUAUGUUAUUUCCUAAUCAUCCGGUGCAUUUUCCAAAUCUUUUUUUAUCAGUAAACAGAAGUUUCGGCACAUUACCGCUGUCUGGGUGUGUCCUGUAAAGGCAAAUAUUUAUCACGGAGUCUGCCAAGAACAUAUUCACUUUCCUCAGUCUCUGUACAGCGCUUAAUACAACCAUGCUAACUUUUGCCCUCAGUCAGCAUUAGAGUUGUGCAACAAUCAGCAUCUAGGAUGAACCAGUCGUAUAACAUUGUUGAAGGCAGUUGUUCAAUCAGUGACUUCAAGCGCAAUGUCUAUCCAACCGUCUACCUGUGCAUCUUCUUCUUGGGAUUAUUCGCAUGUCUGGCCUCCUUAUGUUUCUUCACUGGUGUGUUAAGGACAAAGAAGUCCUUCCAUUCAGUCCACUUCUUCAUGAUGAACCUUCUCAUCUCUGACCUGAUGCUGGUGUGUUCCCUGCCGUUCCGAGCCGCCUACUAUCUCAUGGAUUCCCACUGGAUUUUUGGGGACAUCACUUGUCGCAUCAUGGGUUUCGUGUUUUAUGUCAACAUGUACGGUAGCAUUUACUUUUUAAUGGUCCUUAGUGUAAUUCGCUUUGUGGCCAUUAUUAGGCCCUACAGCUAUGUGUACAUACAGAGUAACCAAGGGGCUUUACUGAUUUGUGGCUUCAUCUGGCUGUUGGUGUUGGUAGCGUCCAUCCCGCUGCUAGAGUCAGGCACAUCUCAGGAAACAUCUGGCCAGAUAAAAUGCCUUGAGCUGGACUUAACUAAGUUGAAGUCCAUCAUCACCUUGAACAAAGCUGCACUGUGCCUAGGCUUCAUCUUACCCUUUGUAGUCAUUUCCAUCUGUUAUUUAAUUACAGUUAGGAGACUGCUAAAUCUUAAGAAAAAUCCAGGGAGAAGAAGACCCCAUUACAACAAGUCCUGUGCAUUGGUCAUCAUUGUUCUCAUCAUUUUCCUGUUAUGCUUUAUGCCAUAUCAUGUAGUGCGCACUGUCUUUCUGGAAGCUGAAAAGCAGGUUCUAAACAGUACCUUUCAAUCAUGCCACUACAUUGAAUUCGUAAGGAAAGCAGCUGUGGUUACGCAUUGCCUGGCUGCUGGAAACAGUUGCUUGGAUCCUCUUCUAUACAUCUUUGUGGGUGAAAGCUUCUGGAUCUAUUGGUAUAAGAAGAAAAAGAGGAAGCUGGACAAACAAAUCAAUUACUACAAAAAUCGAUCUACGUAUACUACAAGGACAGAGUUAAAAGUGUUCCACGCUCAACCUAACUAAAGGGCCCUGUGCCUUCAUUUCUGUUCAACAGCAUGUUCAAAGAUAUUUACUUUGCUGUUGUAGGAUUUUACAUAGAUGGGGACACAUAGGGGACAAAGCAAAGAAAUAUUUUGUGGUGUUGGAUGAACAGAUAACCCGAGAAUUGGAAACAACCAAGAUAUACUCAAUAUGUUCAUUAAAAAAUAUAUAAUAAUUCAUAUAUUACAUCACAUCAUUAUACAUUAUUACAAAUGUUUAGAAUUUCAGAUAAAUCUAUAUGGGGAAAAACACAUCUGAACUCACUCCAAGCUCUGCAUUAUGAGUUUUAUAACUGUACAUUAUUUAAUUUGUUACAACUGUACUGUAUCUGUAUUUUGGUACCACUUUAUAAUAACUGCACACUAUGAAGCAUUAGUUCAGCAUGAGUAAGAACUUAAUUCAUCAUUUAGAAAGCAUUUC